CUUGAUUGUAGUUGUAGUGUAUAACAAUGUGCUCAUUAAACAUUUUUUUUUCAAAUUAUAAUAUUUUGUAAUUUAAUGUUUAUAUUUAAUUAAUUAGAAUAUUUAAUCAUGUUUUUAUUUUAUUUUAUAUUGGCAUUAUAAUGGAAGUAUAUUUUACUGCUAUGACAUCUAUUAAACGCUUACAAUUGACAUUGGCCAUCUUAAAGCCUCAUGUUGUAUCAUAUCCGUUUUCAUUACACGAUAUUAGACGGAUAGUUCUUGAUAAUGGGUUUUAUAUUGUACGAUCGCUACGUCAAACCAUUUCACACAAACAAGCGGAGCAGUUUUAUAAUGAACAUAAGUCGAAAUUUUUUUAUAAUCGCCUCCUUUCAUUUAUGACUAGUGGACCAUCGGAGUCAUAUAUUUUAGCUAGAGAAGAUUCUAUUAAAUUUUGGAGACAUUUAAUGGGUCCAACCAAAGUUUUUCAAAGCCAAAUAAGCAAUCCCGAUUCUAUUCGAGCAGUUCACGGUCUUACUGAUACACGGAAUGCAACUCAUGGAUCGGAUUCCGAAGAAUCAGCUCGUCGAGAAAUUAGUAUUUUAUUCCCAGAUUUCUCAUUUGAUCGAUGGCAAAAUAUUGAAGAACCACAUUUUAGAAACGGAAAAGUACCUACUACCACAGUCAUACAAUAUUACAACACUUCCAAUAUUUUAUUAUUGUUGAAGAAAAACAUAAUGUAAUCAAGAAGGUGGUUUUACGACUUUAAUUUAGCAAAUAGCACAAUUUAGAACAAAGUAUGCUAUAAUAUUUUGGGUGUCAAUUCAUUUUUUAUACAGCAGAAAAAAUGGGAUCAAUCGCCAAAGUUCUUUAUGUUUAAUUUUAAACAUUAAUGUAGUUUUGUUAUGCCCAUUUUAAUAUAGUUACUUUAGAAAACAAGAAAACGAUUAUAUUAAUAGUUAACCUGUCUAAAAUAAUUUACUAAUCUAUGUAAAUUAAGAACAUUAAUUUAAAAGUACAGUUAAUUAAUUAUUAUUAUAGUAAUAGCUGCACCGAGUAACGUAUCAGUUAUCACAUAACCAUCAUAUUAUUCUAAUUUAUUUAAAUAAUUUUUAUGUCGUAAGUUUUUACAAGUUUUUAAAUAUCUUUAACAGAAAAUAAUAUUAAAUCAUAUUAAUCAUAUUAAAAAUUUACAAAAAACAAUAGAUUCUACUACUAUUUUUAAGUCUUAAAAAAUGCAAUAUUAAUAAACAAAUGUUUAUAAUAUCAUGUCAUAACAUGGUGGUUUAUUUUAACUGACUGCAGGUAGGGCCACAACGGUUUUUUAAAAACCUAUAUUCUAGCUUUAUAAAAGUCCUAUUAAUUUAAAUUUUACUUAUAAUUUACAGGUGUGUAUCUAAAAAUAUUUUGGGAAAAAGUUAAAAAUAAAUAAGAAAAUCUAUAAUACAUUUGUUUUAAUUUCAUCAGCGUUAUUUUGUUUUAAUUAAGUAUUGGUUUUGAACAAAAAUGUUGUUUGUACUAUAUUUCUAAUUAAACAUUUUUUUAUUAAUAA